UUUGACCAAUCAGAGACCACUAACCAAUCCAAUAUGGCAGCCUCCACAAAGAUGAGGGGCAGCAUUUUGUGCCUAUUUGUGCUAUCUGUACAACUCGUAGGCGUGUUGUCCGCACCAAAGUUUGUUUCAACAUCGCUGUCAGCUAAAUGGAUGUCUACCCCCAUACUUCUUGAAACAAGUGAAUACAUUGCAAAACUGGGUAACUCAGAAUUCUGGGGAUUUGUUGAAGAAGUCACAGACGAGGAUGUUGAAAUGUUACAACAAUAUUCGGAUCAAGAAAAAUACCAUCUAUUCGUGGAGAAGAAGGCAGUGAAUUACCUAACCCCUGUUCAGUUAAAUCUGCUUAAGUUCUCCCUUUCUCUCAGGGCUCACUCUGCUACAGUAGAGAUGCACAAUCAGAUGGCUAAGCAUGAAAAUGCUCCAAAAAAUUGUGAGGUGUUUAUUAACUUAAACAAUGUAGUGACAUGUGAGAAAAUGGCUAUUAAAGCCAUCAUAGGGGCUGCAAAAGACAGCACCCCAGCGCAAACAUUCCAGUUUGACCAUACAUAUCCAGGAAUGAGUAAAUCGAAUUCCACAGCAAUUUUAUAUGCAGAGAUCGGGACCCAGUCUUUCAAAGAAUGGCAUGGGAUCUUAAAAGAUUUGGCAAGCAAAGGAGAGCUAACUUAUAUUUUACGCCAUUUUGUAAAGAAUGAAAGUCCCAAGAAAACCAGGCUAUCAGGGUAUGGAGUGGAGUUAGCUAUCAAAAGCCAGGAGUAUAAAGCAAAGGAUGACACAAAAGUAGAAGAUGAUGGUUCCCAAGGCAACAGUGAAGAUGAUGAAGAGGAUGUGGAAGGAUUUAUAUUCUCAAAGUUAAAAAAACUACAUCCUGAAGAUAAAGAUAACCUCGUUGAGUUUAAGAAGUAUUUACAAGAAAGUAAAGGAGAACUCGCCCCAUUGAAAGCAUGGCAGCUACAAGAUCUCAGUUUCCAAGCUGCCCAGAAAGUAUUGUCCAGCCCAUCUGCAGAUGCGCUCAGAGUUCUGACUGAUAUCAGCCAGAAUUUCCCAACUCAAGCCAGGUCACUGGUGUCUAUUCCAGUGGAUGGCAAAGUCAAGAAAGAAAUCAAGAAAAAUCAAGAGCUGUUCUCAAGUGCACAUGGGAUAGACCAAGGUGAAAAUGGCUUAUAUCUGAAUGGAUUACCAAUUGACCUUGAGACCUAUGACAUCUUUAAUCUCCUUGAUACUAUGAAAUCAGAAGCGCGACUUAUGGAUGGAUUAUUUUCUCUUGGGUUAAAGGGAUCCUACUUAUCUGAUUUAAUGAAGAUUGACACGUCAUCAAAUACUGACAGUUUCGCUGUUGACACGAGGGACCCUGCAGUUCAGUUCCUCAACAAUUUGGAAAAAGAUCGUCGCUAUGCCAACUGGCCAGGACGCAUAGAUAGUUUCCUACAACCAACAUUUCCAGGCAUGUUACGUCAUGUACGAAAGAACUGCUUUAAUCUGGUCUUCAUUGUCAACCCUGCAGAGCCCCAGAGUAAAGACCUUUUAAAGAUGGCAGAGGCGUUUAAUGUCCAUAAUGCACCUAUAAGAAUUGGCAUAGUGUUUGUUGUAUCAGAUGACCCAGAACUCGAUGGCUUCAGUGAUCUUGGCAUUGCAUUACUUCGUGCAUUCAACUUCAUCAAAAAUGACAAAGACCUCAAUAAGGCUCUUUCUUUUAUCACUGAUGUUUAUGAAAGAGAUGGUGUUGAAACAAUAGAUUCUGAGAGUGUCAUUGAAGAAUUCAAAGAUCUUUACUCUGAUGAGGAUGUCAAAGAUGUCUUUGGGGACGAUUCGGAUUAUGAUGACCAGAGACAGGCUGCAAAUUUAUUUUACAAGAAAACUGGAUUAGGAGCUCUUCCCCAAGUUUUGAUGAAUGGAGUACCACUAUCCCAAGAUUCUUUGACCUCAGAUAGCUUUGAAGAGGCUGUGGUUGGUCAGAUAUUGCAGUUCACUCCUGUCAUACAGCGUGCUGUGUAUAAUGGAAAACUCACUGAUUCAAUGGAUGUUUAUGAUUGGAUAAUGAACCAAGAGAAUGUUCUCCCUCGACUUAACGACCGUGUCCUCGGAACUUCUAACACUUUUGUGGAUUUUACAAAAAACACAGAUGCCAGUAGAUUUGAAAGUCCUGAUCAAUUCUCGAAGCUAUCCCCACAAGAGAUGACCUCUGUCAUGGCCCAAAAUAUGAAAUAUAUAACAAGAAAAGAUGAAGAGAGUAUAAGAAGUAUGACCACUUGGGUUGUUUGCGAUGUAGAAACACCAGAAGGAAGGGAACUCAUGUACAGCGCCAUCAAACAAAUGAAAAACUCCAAUGAUGUACGUCUGGGUCUAGUAUUCAACACAAAAUCGCCAGGAGAUGAAAAUUUCUUGUCACGCGCAAUUUAUGUUGCCAUGACAACCUUAGAACCAAAUAUGGCCAAAAGCUUUGUCACUAAGCUUGUUAAAGAGGAAAAUGUGAAAGAUUUAAAGAGUGAAGUGAAGGUUUUAGCUGACUUUGAAGUGCAUGGGAUGGAUAUGAACGGUUAUACUCAAAAUCUGAAACACCAGUCAGGAACAUUCCUCAAGACGCAUCAAAUAUUUUGUGAAACUGUUCUGAAAAUGGAGCCUGGGAGUCGAGCUGUGAUCGCUAAUGGCAAGGUUAUUGGGCCACUUGAUGAUGGAGAAGCAUUCAAUCUUGAAGAUUUUAACCUGCUAGAAAAAUUCACAGUUUCUUCAUCUGCUGGAAAAAUAAAAGAGAAAAUUGCUGAUAUGCCAGACUCACUAAAAAUAGGGAGUGACCUCCUUAUGAAAACAGCUGCCCUUCUGAGCUCAGUUCCCCAGAAAGAAGGACGAAAAUCAAUACAAUAUGACUCCGACCAAUAUAGUGUUAUAAAGAUAGAGGGGGACACUGAAACUCCUUCCUAUGACCUAGUUGCUAUAAUUGAUCCUGCUAGUCGAGGAGCACAAAAAAUCACUCCACUUCUUAUGGUUUUACAAGAGGUGGUAAAUGCUGACAUCAAAGUUAUGUUUAACUGUAAAGAUCAGCUGUCAGAAAUGCCACUUAAAAGUUUUUACCGAUUAGUCCUGGAGCCUGAGCUGGCCUUCGCAUCUGAUGGAGUAUUAUCUAGUGGUCCUGUAGCAAAAUUCAACAAAAUGCCAUCCAGCCCAAUUCUCACUUUGAAUAUGAACCCACCCGAGGGUUGGUUAGUGGAGGCGACUAGAUCUCCAUAUGAUUUAGAUAAUAUUCAUUUGGAGGAGGUGGAAAGUAAUGGAAUACAUGGGGAGUUUGAAUUGGAGUAUCUCUUAUUAGAAGGCCAUUGCUUUGACUCUAGCUCAGGCCAGCCCCCGAGGGGAUUACAAUUCACACUGGGAACAAACACUACUGCUUUGGUGGACACUAUAGUCAUGGCUAAUCUGGGAUAUUUCCAACUCAAGGCAAAUCCUGGUGCGUGGUAUUUGAAACUUAGAGGGGGCCGAUCGGCAGAAAUAUAUGACAUCACAAAUCAUGAAUUUACGGACUCUCCAUCCAAUUCACCAGAAAUAAUUGUCGUUAUGGACAGUUUUAAAAGUAAAAUAGUUAAAGUUAAAGUAGCUAAGAAGCCAGAAAUGGCGGGAGUGGAUUUGUUGAGUGAUGAAAAAGUCGGAAGUGGCGGAAUCUGGGAUUCCAUCUCAAGUCAAUUCAGUGGAACUGAAGGAAGUGAGAGUAAAGAUGAAGUUAUAAAUAUUUUCUCUGUAGCAUCAGGUCAUCUUUAUGAACGUUUAUUAAGAAUUAUGAUGCUGAGUGUACUAAAACAUACAAAAUCUAAAGUGAAGUUUUGGUUUUUAAAGAAUUAUUUAUCUCCAACAUUUACAGAAACCAUACCAUAUAUGGCUGAAGAAUAUGAAUUUGAAUAUGAGUUAGUUCAAUAUAAAUGGCCCAGAUGGCUCCACCAGCAGACAGAAAAACAGAGAAUAAUAUGGGGGUAUAAAAUUUUAUUCCUGGAUGUAUUGUUUCCACUAGGUGUCCAGAAGAUUAUCUUUGUAGAUGCUGAUCAGAUUGUUAGAGCUGAUAUGCAAGAGUUGGUAGAUUUUGACCUAGAGGGCGCUCCUUAUGGUUAUGUACCAUUUUGCGAUAGUCGUAAAGAAAUGGAUGGAUUCCGGUUCUGGAAAUCAGGAUAUUGGGCUAGUCAUUUAGGUCACAGGAGAUACCAUAUUAGCGCUCUAUAUGUAGUUGACUUAGUAAAGUUUAGGAAGAUUGCAGCAGGUGAUAGGCUCAGGGGUCAGUAUCAAGGUCUGAGCCAGGAUCCCAAUAGUUUAUCUAAUUUAGAUCAGGAUCUGCCUAAUAACAUGAUCCACCAAGUAGCCAUAAAGUCCCUACCUCAGGAAUGGCUCUACUGUGACACUUGGUGUAGCGAAGACACAAAAAAAUAUGCCAAAACUAUAGAUCUGUGUAACAACCCCCGCACCAAAGAACCAAAGUUAGAGGCGGCAGUGAGAAUCGCACCAGAAUGGGCCGACUACGAUAGCGAAUUAAAAGAAUUUUUAGAAGACUUAAAAAUUAAAAAUAAAUCCAUUACACAUUCCAACAAUGGUAUAACAGAAACAACAGAUAAACAUGAGGAAUUAUAACAAUGCUUAAUCUUAGGAUAAUCCAUCAACAUUUUUUCAUAUACGAACUCAAAACUUUGACAAAAAGAUAUUAAACUUUAUUCAAAUCAUUUGGAGACUAUUUUCAAUGCAGAAACCAAUGGAGCAUUUUGGAGUUAAGAAUAACCAUCAUCGACAUUCAUUCAUACAUGGACUCAAAACUUU